UAAUUCGCGUCAAAAUUCAUCAUCGUCGAUUCGAAACAAAAAAAAACAAUACACGCGUGACACAACCGGCGCCGCGACGCUAGGCACAUGGUUCUGUUUAUUUCUGUACUGCUUCACGUCGCAUCCGUAUUUGUUGGUAAUUUUACGAAAUUUUGUAAUGAACAGGAUUUUCCAUCACAUAAAAUCAUGAAAUUUGCAUAUAAGUUUAGUAACCUACUCGGAUCGGUGUACAGGAAAGGGAAGCUUAUUUUCACCCCAGAUGGUAACUCCGUCAUCAGUCCGGUGGGCAACCGGAUCACUAUUUUCGAUCUCAAAAACAACAAAUCACACACUUUAACGCUGGAAAGCGAAUACAGCUACAGCGCACUGGAUCUAUCCCCGAAUGGGUGCGUGCUGGUGGCUGUAAACGAGAUCGGCGAUGCACAAAUGAUCAGCAUGAUUUCUUACACGGUGGUUCAUCGGUAUAAGUUCAAGACUGAGGUUAAGCACCUUCGAUUCAGUCCGGAUGGUCAAUAUUUUGCUGCUUGCGUCGGGAAUGCUGUGCUUGUGUUUCGAGCACCUGGAGAACUUGGCGGUACCUACAACUCGUUUGUCGUGCAGCGGGCUUUCGAGAUCGCCUACGAUGAAACAACUUUUAUCGAUUGGGCCUGCAACUCUAGGAUUCUAGCAGUCGGAUCAAAAGACAAUUCGGUUCGAAUCCAGGGGGUAGAGUAUUUGAACAAUUUUCGACCAUUUAUCUUGGGUGGUCACAGAGAUGCGAUCGUAGGUUGCUUUUUUGAAGAAAAGUCGCUAGAUGUAAAUACUGUUAGCAAGGACGGUUUGCUGAUGAUAUGGGAAUGUGGCACCGAGGUGGAUGAUAUUUCGACUGGGUACAAAAAAGUGGGAAAGGAAGAACCGGCGUUCAAAAAAGCACGCGACAGUGACGAUGAGCAGGAAGACGAUGUCGUUGCUGAUCAGGAUUAUGAGAAAUCCGACAAAGAUAAAGAUGCUGCUGUUGAACACGUUCAAGGUAGCUUCGACAAGGCCGAAGAACGAGAUGACUUGGGUAGAAUAACUGUAAAAAAACCAAAAAAGCAUUUCACUUACAAACGUUUAGCCCGCCAUUAUCUAGCUGAUGAAGCACGAAAGGAAAAUCCAAAGGCGAUUGUCACCUCUGCCGCGUACCACAAACAUCUUAAGUUAUUGAUAACUGCAUACUCCAGUGGUGUGUUCUACCUUCAUGAACUUCCUGAUGUCACUAUGAUUCAUUCGUUAAGUAUAUCAGAUUUUCGAAUCGAAACCGUUACGUUCAACAAUACCGGAGAUUGGUUAGCCCUAGGCGUGCCGGAAGUUGGCCAGUUGUUGGUUUGGGAAUGGCAGAGUGAACAGUAUGUCAUGAAGCAACAAGGUCACGCGACUGGUUUGAAUUGUGUGACUUAUUCACCAGAUGGCCAGCUUUUGGCGACGGGCGGAUUGGAUGGAAAAGUAAAGCUGUGGAACAUCAACAAUGGUUUUUGCUUUGUGACAUUUAGCGAACAUUCCAGCUCUGUAACGGCUGUUGAAUUCAGUGGGAAUAAGAAAUUUUUCGUCAGUGCUUCGCUCGAUGGAACAAUUCGGGCUUACGAUAUAGUGCGAUAUAGAAAUUUUCGAACGUUUACUUCGCCGGAACCGGUUCAGUUUGCAUCGGUUGCUGUGGAUCAAUCGGGCGAACUUGUAGCUGCUGGUGGCCAAGACGUAUUUGAAGUAUAUCUUUGGUCAAUGAAACUCGGAAGGUUGCUGGAGGUGCUUAGUGGGCACGAAGGUCCGGUUGUAACUUUAGCUUUUUCUCCCGUUGCAACAUCUUCAGCGAUGGUAUCCGGUUCCUGGGAUAAAUCCAUUCGGAUUUGGGAUUGCUUGGAGUCGUCAGGAUCUCAUGAAACGAUCGACGUUGGCUCAGAUGUUGUUUGUGUGGUGUUUAAACCUGACGGAGAAGAAGUAGCCGUUUCGUCACUGAACGGACAGAUCACCGUGUUCCACGUGAAAACAGCCCAACAGGUGGCUUCCAUUGAGGGAAGGAACGAUAUGGGAGGCAGUGUAUCGGCUACCGAUCUGAACACGGCCGAGAAGAACUUGCAGGGAAGAGCUUUUACGUCUAUUUGCUACUCAGCUGAUGGUGAGUGCCUUCUUGCGGGAGGAAAAUCGAAAUACGUGUGCAUUUACAAUGUGAGGGAAGCGAUUCUGCUGAAGAAAUUCCAAAUCACUCAAAAUCGAAGUCUAGAUGGAAUUGAUGAGUUCCUCAACCGGAAAAAUAUCACUGAGUUUGGCAACAUCGCUCUGGUGGAGGAACGAGAAAACCUAGAAGGUGGUAACGUAACCAUCAACCUUCCCGGAGUCAAACGAGGUGACCUAGCUGCGCGGAACCUUAAGCCCGAAGUAAACGUCUUUGCAGUGCGAUUUUCCCCGAGCGGUAAAUCAUGGGCAGCUGCCUCUACGGAAGGACUACUAAUGUACUCACUGAAUAAAGGUAUCGUUUUCGAUCCAUACCAACUCUCAGUUGAGGUAACGCCUAAAGCUACCCGAGAGCUACUAAAGAAGAAGGAUUAUUCGGCUGCACUGAUUAUGGCUUUGAAGCUCAACGAGAACAAUCUAAUCCACGAAGCCAUGGAACAGAUACCUCAUACUGAUGCGGAACUAGUCAUUCUAUCACUACCUGAUGAAUUCGCUCAUCGCAGUCUGAAAUUUGUGGCAAAAAUGCUCACCUCAAGUUCUCACGUUGAAUUCUAUCUCAGGUGGUCCAAUUUAUUGUUGACACGGUUGGGCCAGUGCGAAAAUGUUCUUACCCAACCGACGCUAGUUUUGCUACAUCAGAACCUCAAUCGGAAAUACGAAUCUUUGAAUAAGAUUUGCGAUUUCAACAAGUACACCAUUCAAGUACUGAAAAAUAUUAGCAUCAGUAAUAGAAUCAAUGGUGAUCAUCUGAAAAAAUCUGCCCAAAAUGGGGAAUACGAAGAUGCGAGCGAUAGUGAGUUGAUGUUGAUCGACCAGUCCGGGUCAAAAAUUAGAGAGAACAGUGAUGAUUCAGAUUAAUAAACACUUUUUUAAAAAGAGUAAACACAAUUGUGUCCGAUUG